AUGAGAUUCGAACACUUUAAUCAGAAGACACCCUCAACCAUGACAGCCAUCCCCCCCGACGCUAAGCGGCGCUGCACCGUAUUCUCAGUAUCCUCUUAUGGGAAACGAUUCAAUCAUUGCAAUACUAGAGACCUUGCGUGCCCAAAACCUGAACCUCACUGGCUCCCAGACAUGACAGGAGUCGCCAGUCCCAUCUCUUUCUCCUCGCUUACGGCCACUCGGAGAGAGUCGAUGCCUGCAUGUCAGCCUGAAGUCUUAGAUGCCGAAUGCGUUGACUUKACCAAGAUUGCGGACGAGGACUGCGAGAAGUCUGACUCGUGCGUCGACAGGCUGGAAGGCAACGGCAGACUAACAACGUCUGAUAUUAUCGAUUUGCUUCACUGGCUCAACCCGGAUCCACUUCGAAUUGCUAUCGUGGAGCCUGGUUACGUCGACCAGACGACACGACAAAAACUUGGAUCCAGGAUCACCAAGCUCAUUGUUCCUAUGAACAUUCGCGGUAAACAGCACUGGGUUCUUGCAAUCGUGGAUUACCAAUCAUGCGUCGUUGGCUGCUACGAUCCCUACAAAAGUGCACUUGACUUCCCGAAGGAAAAAUUACUCAAGUUUCUAGCUUUGUACGAUGGACCCAGCGGAGAAUGGACAUGGGCUAUAGAAGUCGAUCGUCCACAGUCAGACAAUUACAAUUGUGGUGUGUAUGUCAUCGCAUAUGCCGCGUUGUCCAUGGCAGGACUACCUACUUGCCCCUCAGCAAUACGACCAUCGAUCUGGCGUGUGGCCCUCCAGACUUAUCGAGAGCCGGAGAAAUACCCACUAAGUAACUGUCUUGACACCACUGGGCUGAAGCCGCUCAAGGCUUUGGCUGAUCAUGUCUUCAGCCGGGUGCAAGCAGCUCGCAUCGCGUUGUCAAACGACAUCGGAGCAUGGAGUGGUCGCUCAAGUUCAAGGGUCGAACUACCGCAAGCUUUCUUGGACAGAGUCUCUGCUUUAGAGCGAUGGAGGAUGGCAAUUGAUACCGCGGUAGCAGAGUCGUCUGCCCAAGAUCUCAUAAAAUUGCUCAGGGUGAUCGCUUUACACAUCGAAAAUGCACGCAGGGAACUGAUCACGACAUCAACAACCCAGCAGCUCGACGAAGCGCUAGCGCAACUUCGUCCUAUGCUGAUCAUGUCGGACGGCGAAGAAGGUUAG